AUGAAAAAGCCAUAUAAGGAAGAGGUGAAGAAUAAAUUCCUCGAUGGCUUGAAGAAAGAUUUACAAGGAGUGACUGUCCUUACUUCAAAUAAAAACAAUGAUAAUGACGAGGAUUUGGGUGGUAAACCUAUUGGAGUACACAUUGGCGAUGAUGAUUCUUCGAGUACCUUAAAAGUUAUAUACAUGUGGAACUUUAUGAAGAAAAGAGGAAUGAGGAGGAAGAAAAAAGAAGUAAAGUGGAUGAGUGACCACUUUGUGGCAGAAGAGGAAAAAGAAGAAGAAAAGAAGGAUGAAGAUAAAGAACCAGGAGAGAUAGAAAAAGAAAAAGAAGAAGAAAUGGAAGACGAUAAGAGUAAAAAAGAAAUUAAAAUAGCAAUAGAUGGAAAAGAGGAAGGUGAGAAAGAAGAAGAAGCUGAGAAAGAAGCAGCAAGUGACGAAGAAAAAGUUGAGAAAGAAAAAUAA